CAAACAAUUUCUUCAUCCUCGCUUUUCCAUUUGCAUAACCAGUUGUGAAAUUACCGGUGGCGUUUGAAAUUUAGGAGUCUUACUUCAUGGCGGAAAUGUUCUCCGGAGAAAAGCGAUCUAACGAUGCUAAUAAAAGCAGGCGAGGUGAAAAGGUUUAAUCGAAGGUCUGAUAGUACAGUAGGUAUACUGUCAACUCAUCCAAAAGAUGUUUUAACUUUCUGUUCAUUCAACCCGUGUUUACUUGAUUCCUUGGAAAGAGCCAAAGGAUAUGUCCACCGGAAUGUAGUGGGCUGGGGGCUUUUGUGUGAAUAAGAGAAGAUAUUUUGACUUUAAGCAUUUUGACUGGUUUAAUCUGAAAUGAAGACGAAAUGAAUUUUGUUGGACAAGACAUCUCUUUUAUAGUGGUUUUCAACAUAAUUUCAAAUCGAUGCAAUAUGAUUUUUAAUUGGUUUUGAAGCACCGUACCAUGCUCCGAUGCCCCCCGAAUGUAUCACCAUGAACCUCAUGUUUUGGAUGCCGUUGAUGUCCAGCAAGUAGCCGCAGGGACCAAUAUUUCUGAAAUGUGGCAAGAUGACUUACAACCUUUGCUGAUCGAAAGAUACCCAGGAUCACCGGGAAGUCAUAUGGCUCGCCAGCAUAUCAUCCGGCGCCUUGGGAGACUCCGGGCAGGCUGGGAGCUGGAAGUAGACACUUUCGAGAGCCCCACCCCGUACGGUUACCGGACGUUUUCUAAUAUCGUGGCCACCCUCAAUCCUCCCGCCAAGCGCCACCUGGUACUCGCCUGCCACUACGACUCCAAGUAUUUUCCACACUGGGAUAACAGAGUGUUUGUGGGAGCCUCCGAUUCGGCUGUGCCCUGCGCAAUGUUGCUGACUUUAGCCCGCUCCUUGGACAAGAGGCUUCUUCCCUUGAAGAAUAAUUUAGCUUCCAGACCAGACCUGUCUCUCCAGCUCAUUUUCUUUGAUGGGGAAGAGGCUUUUCUUCACUGGUCUCCUCAAGAUUCCCUGUACGGAUCUCAGCACUUAGCCCAGAAGAUGGAAUCUACCCCUCACCCACCUGGAGCAACGAACACAAACCAGCUGCACGGCAUUGAUUUGUUUGUGCUCCUGGAUCUGAUGGGGGCUCCAAACCCAAUCUUUCCCAAAUUCUUUCAAAGCCCCGUCCGCUGGUUUAACAGACUCCAAGAAAUUGAGCGGCGACUGCACGGCUUGGGCCUGCUGACGAAUCACUCGCUGGAAAGACGGUACUUCCAGAAUGUCUUGUACCGGGGGCUGAUUGAGGAUGACCAUAUUCCGUUCUUAAGAAGAGGGGUUCCGGUUCUCCAUCUGAUCUCAUCUCCCUUCCCUGUCGUCUGGCACACCAUGGAAGACAACGAAGAAAACUUGGACAGACCAACUAUCGACAACCUUAACAAGAUCAUACAAGUGUUUGUGUUAGAAUACCUUCAUCUGUAAACACUGUGUUUGUGCAUAAUGUUUAAAAUGUUUUCAGAAAUCUGCCGUCAUGCCCCUCUCUCCCAGGGAAUGUCCUAAAAACAGCUGUCCCCCAAAAGAGAUACGUUCAGGUGUCCUCGACUAAGUAAGCCGCAAGCUGGGACCUAAGAUCCGAGACCUCAGAGCGCUUCAAUCACUCCAUCAGUGGUGUUUAUUGAGCGCUUUCUGUUUCUUGUCCUCAGUUUUUAUCUUGAGGCAAAGAGGGAAGAGUCCUCCAGACUCAAGGUGAAGUACCAGAUAACUGGGCCUACCCAAUGUACCCCGGGUGAGUCAAAACCAAUUCACCAGUUCUUUGUUUUGUUUCCAUUAGGGAAGUGAUGUUUAGUUUGUAGUAUGAGUUUUGUGAACCUCAGGUUUGGUAAUUCACUGCGAACAAUAGAGAAGAGAGCUCAAAAUGUGCUGAGAGUAUGGCAGUUUUUGUGGCAUUAAAAUCAGGAUUAAAUA